AUGGCAAUCCUCACUGAACUCGCCCGUCGUGGGCUCUCGCACCCCAAUACCGUGUCGUUUGUCAAGCGCGCUGUCUCGGCUCAGAAUGGAGAGGGAGAGAAGAUCGAGAUGCCUACUUGGGGCAUCGUCUUGAUCUAUGUGAGCUUCAUGGUUAGCGUGGUGUUUGCAACCCUCGUAAACUACACGCUCAAGGAGGUCGUCACCACCCUCUGCAUGAUCGAAUCUCCCGUCGCAGCCAUCACCGUCUCCCCUUCUACCCACGAGUCCGGUGACAAGGAGGAGAAGGAGGGCCUGUUGGAGAGCGGACCCACCAUCACCUUGGUCAACCAAAAGCCCAUCACUUCGAGCAUUCGCGGCACCAUCAAGCACCUCGUCGCCAACGCCGGCCGCCUCGCGCGCUUCCGCGGUUUCGGCAGCCAUGUCAUCUACGCCCUAGGCUUCUCCCUCGUCACCGAGUUCUUUGCCGCUGCCCUACCCCGCGUCCCUGGCCAAGCCAUCUUCGUCGCUGGCUUGUCCGGUGCUGCACUGGCCAAUAUCCACGCCACAUGGACACACAAGGUCGUUGCUAUGCCGACUGAGAAGUCUUACUGGCAGCGCGUCCCUGGCAAGAGCAACUGGAAGACGCUUGCCCUUCCCGCUGCCAUCGAGGCCGCCAUGCCGUAUGUCAGCAUCUACAUCACCUGUGGCUUCGCCAUGCUCAUGGGCCUGCACAAGCUGGACCAGGAGAACCUGGGCGAGUACAACGGUGGCCAGUGGACUUGGCUCGUCGUCCGCAUGGUUUCCAUUGUCGUUUUGGCCAUUACUUGCACGCUGUUCCUCUGCCUCCCCGCCAUCGUCACGCUCAUCCGCAUCGAGGCUUCCAUCCUCCCAGAGGACCAGGACACCAUUGUGCCCUUUGACCGCACAUUUGGCGGCAAGGUGGUCAGCAAGGUGGUCGGCGGAACCGGUGUCGUGGGCUUCUUGGACGCGUGGCGCAGCUUCAACUGGGAGGCUCGUCGCCGUCUCAUCAAGCUCUUUGUCAAGGUCUUCUUCAUCAUUUUCGCUCUCAUCUUCGUCAUUGUACAUGUCCUUGCCUUUGAGAUCUUCGCCAUUAUGGGCCCUGCGCUUGGCAAGUUCCUGGCUCAGGCAAAGCAUGAUGGCAUCUUGGUCGCAAACUAA